ACAGCCUACAGUUCUAUUUGAGUUGGAAAUACGAUUUAUUAGUGAAUAAAAGAAUUCGUAUAAAAGAAAUAAUAAUGGAUCACAAAGAAUUUCGUGUAAAAGCAAAGGAGAUGGUAGACUACAUAGCGGAUUAUUUGGAGAAUAUCAGAGACCGACGCGUGUACCCCAGUGUGCAGCCCGGGUACCUCCACAAGAGGCUGCCUAACGAAGCUCCGCAUUUACCAGAGAAAUGGGACGAUAUCUUCAAAGAUGUUGAAGAACAUAUUAUGCCCGGGAUUGUACAUUGGCAGAGUCCGCAUAUGCACGCGUAUUUUCCAGCUCUCACUUGCUAUCCUUCCAUAAUGGGGGAAAUGUUGUCUAGCGCGUUGAACGUCCUUUGUUUUACCUGGGCUUCAUCUCCUGCCGGGACUGAAUUGGAGACGAUUGCAAUGAACUGGUUGGGAAAAGUUCUCGGACUUCCAGACUGCUUCCUCAACGAGAAGAAUGAUAGUCCUGGAGGUGGAGUUAUUCAGACAACUGCAAGUGAAGCAACAUUGGUGAGUCUGCUAGCGGCACGUACCAGAGCAUUGAUGGAGUUGUCCAAACUGAAUCCUGAUCUUCAAUCUUCCGAGCUACUAGGUCAUCUUAUCUGUUAUUGCUCCGACCAAGCUCAUUCUUCGGUGGAAAAAGCGGGGCUGAUUGGUUUAGUUCGAAUGCGAUACAUCGAGUCUGACGCGAACCAAAGCAUGCGCGGUGACAAACUCGAAGAAGCGAUUCUCAACGACAAGUCCAAGGGACUUGUGCCUUUUUGGGUUUGUGCGACUUUGGGUACUACAGGGUCGGUGGCAUUCGACAGCCUGCGGGAGAUCGGGCAGGUCUGUGAGAAGCAUUCCGCGUGGCUUCAUGUCGACGCGGCUUAUGCGGGGAGCGCUUUUAUUUGUCCUGAAUAUAGGCAUUGGCUGGAUGGAGUGGAGCUAGCUGAUUCAUUUGCGUUCAAUCCUUCGAAGUGGCUGAUGGUAAAUUUCGACUGCACCGCCAUGUGGGUGAAGGACAGUACUGCUCUGCACAGGACUUUCAAUGUUAAUCCGAUCUACUUACGUCAUGAAAAUUCCGGAAAGGCAAUCGAUUACAUGCAUUGGCAAAUACCGUUGAGUCGUCGCUUUAGAGCUCUGAAGCUUUGGUUCGUGCUGCGGAACUACGGAGUUGUUGGAUUACAGAAACACAUUCGUGAGAGUGUACGAUUGGCGCAGAAGUUUGAAGCUCUUGUGUUAGCUGAUCAACGUUUCGAAAUACCGCAGAGCAGGAAUUUGGGGAUGGUUGCAUUUCGUCUAAAAGGAGAAAAUGCUCUGACAGAACGUCUACUGAAGCGUUUAAAUGCUCGCGGCUACAUUCACGCCGUACCCGCUUGUUUCAAGAGUGUUUACGUCAUUCGAUUCACAGUGACGUCACAACGGACGACUAAUCAGGAUAUCAUCGAUGAUUGGACUGAAAUCAAAGCAGUCGCGUCUGAAAUUUUGAUUGAAAUGUUUGGAUCUGAAUACGGCAAUGUUGUCGUACCGAAGAAGCCUAGGGUUUCUCUUAAAGAAACUCGUGAACUAAACGCUACAUUCGGAACGAGUCUGCUUCUUGCCAACAGUCCGAUGAGUCCUAAAAUUGUUAAUGGAACUCACGUGGCUAUCUGCGAUUACGAGCAAGUCCUCAACUCGUGUGCUCAGACCUUCGCUCAAUUGAAAAUGGAGCCUAAAGAUAGCCCCGAGAUGCGUAGACGUAUCCGAGGCAUCAAGAUGUGCGGGAAGAAAUUCUCGCUGGACUCCUGCAUGGAUAUGGUUCAGGGACUUAUGAUGGAACAAUCUCUUCCUCUAUGCUCGGAAGAGGAAAGGGAUGAGGCGUCCGCCGAUCAUUAAAAUUCAGGAUCAAGCCCCGGCGAAAAAUCAUCCAAGUCAACAUCGCCAGCGCCAUCUAUCAGUGCUAAGCCAGAUGUAG